CUUCCUACUCAGUCAGGACCUGGAGCCUAGAAGUCAUAAACGCCUUGAAUCCCCAGAAACAAAGACUUCAUGGAUACAUCCCUUGGAACCGGAGGAGAAGCCAGGAUGGAGACAGCGACCACCUCAAUGGACUACGACGUAACCACGGAGUACAGCUAUGAGGACUCAACCCCAUGCCAGAAGAAGGAGGUGCGGGAUUUGGGGGCCCGGUUCCUUCCCCUUUUGUACUCCCUGGUGUUUAUCGUUGGCCUGGUCGGCAACUCCCUGGUGAUCCUGGUCUUCCUGCAAUAUAAGAGGCUCCGGAGCAUGACCAGUAUCUACCUCUUCAACCUGGCCCUUUCGGACCUGCUCUUCCUUUUCACACUGCCGUUUUGGAUUGACUAUAAACUGAAGGAUAACUGGGCUUUUGGGAAUGGCAUGUGUAAAUUACUCUCGGGGUUCUACUACAUCGGCUUGUACAGCGAGAUCUUUUUCAUUAUCCUGUUGACGUUCGACAGAUACCUGGCCAUCGUUCACGCUGUGUUCGCCCUGCGGGCCCGGACCAUUACUUUUGGUAUCGUAAGCAGCAUCGUUACCUGGGCCUUGGCCAUCUUGGCCUCCAUCCCAGGCUGGCAUUUUUCCAAGUCCCAGAUCGAAGUCAAUCAUUACACCUGCACCCUACAUUUCCCGCACGAGAGCCUCAAAAUGUGGAAACAGUUCCAGGCUCUGAAACUGAACGUCCUGGGGCUGAUUUUGCCUCUGCUGGUCAUGGUGGUUUGCUACACGGGCAUCAUCAAGAUUCUGCUCAAGCGGCCAAACGAAAAGAAGGGCAAAGCUGUCCGACUGAUCUUCGUCAUCAUGAUCCUCUUCUUCCUCUUUUGGACCCCCUACAACCUGGCUAUCCUGGUCUCUGCUUUCCAAGAUGUGCUUUUUACCAAUGAGUGUGAGCAGAGCAAACAGCUGGACGUGGCCAUCCAGGUGACCGAGAUCAUCUCGUUCACGCACUGCUGCAUCAACCCCAUCAUCUACGUCUUUGUGGGCGAGAGGUUCCAGAAGUACCUCUGCCAAUUGUUCCUCAAGCUUGGGGGCAGGCGCCUCUCAGCGAGGCUGGAGAGGGCCAGCUCUCUGUCUCCUUCCACAAGGGAGCAGGAACUCUCGGUGGGGCUCUGAUUCCACGCCCAGCUAGAGGGGUAGGCAGCCAGGCUGGCCCGGGGGAGGAGGCCACUUGGCUCCCCCCCCGCCCCGUCAGUGUCUAACCCUUGACACUAGUUUGUCUAGAUGACAUCGCCUCUAGGACUUCGCUGAGGCUUUCCUAUGAACUUAUCUCUAGCGGGAGGGAGAGAAAUAAGCGAGA